AGUCGCGUCGAUUUUGUUCUUAUUUUCCUCUCGCCGCUCUCUCUCUCUCUCAUCGGCUCACUUCCGGCUUAGAUCUAGCGCCGAUCUGUUUUCCUUCCGGCUCCACUUCCCUCCAAAUCUCCCUCCCUUUCUUCGCAAGUUUCUCCUACUCAGGUCUCGUUCCCGGAAGGAAUUUCCGCUUCUUUCAGCGCCGAUGUACGGAUUCCCCUGAGAAAGAAGAGUAGAAGAUGAUCUCUGGUUCACUGAUCGCUUGUAGUUCUUCUCCUGUUUUCUCUUUUUCAAAAACAAGAACCUAAUCUUACUUGUUCUGGUUUCUUCUUUUGAAAUUUGUUUCAGGUUUCGAACUUAGAUGAUGCAGGAUUCGUACGGCAGCUGUACACUCUCUUCUUUUCAUUUCCUCCAAUGAAUUUCUGGGGAACUGUUAGCUUGUGUAAUUCGGAAUCAGAUGGAUUGGAGUGUGAAUAAUUCCUAUAAAUCUUACAAAGAUAUGGAACCAAAAACCAUGAUGGACAUGGGACACGUUCCAAACAUUGAUCCUAUAGAUAUUGGACUGGAUUCUUCUGAGAAGGGAAAUGUUGUCCCUAUAGCAAAACCAAGAAAGAAGACAAUGACAUCUGUUUAUCUUAAGUACUUUGAGACAGCCCCUGAUGGUAAAAGUAGAAGGUGCAAGUUUUGUGGACAGAGCUAUUCUAUUGCAACAGCCACAGGCAAUUUGGGAAGGCACCUCAGUAAUCGCCAUCCAGGAUAUGAAAAGAGGGGGGAUGUUGUCACAAGUUCAACUCCAUUGUCUUCACAGCCUACUGCCACUGUGACCAAGAAACCUCAGGGUCCUCAACCACAAGGAAAAGCAUCCCAGGUGGACUACGAUCAUUUGAACUGGUUGCUCAUUAAAUGGCUUAUUUUGGCUUCACUUCCUCCUUCAACUUUAGAGGAAAAGUGGUUAGCAAACUCCUUCAAAUUUUUGAAUCCAUCAGUACGACUCUGGCCAAGUGACAAGUACAAAGCAGUAUUUCAGGAAGUUUUCAGAAGCAUGCAAGAAGAUGUAAGGGCAUCUUUGGAGCAUGUUUCUUCAAAGUUGUCAGUCUCUCUUGAUUUCUGGACUUCCUAUGAGCAGAAUUUUUAUAUGAGUGUCACAUGUCACUGGAUUGAUGAAAACUGGUCCUUCCAUAAUGUGCUUCUUGAUAUCUGUCGAGUACCUUACCCUCAUGGUGGCACUGAGAUUUAUAACUCCCUGGUAAGGGUUCUCAAGACAUACAAUAUUGAGAAUAGAGUCCUCUCAUGCACCCAUGAUAAUAGUCAGAAUGCCCAUCAUGCUUGCCAAACUUUAAAAGAAGUCUUCGAUGUUCAGAAAGUUGGUCCCUUCUGUUAUAUCCCUUGUGCUGCUCGUACUUUGAGCGUAAUUAUAGAUGAUGGAUUAAGAACAACAAAACCAAUCAUCCCCAAGAUCAGAGAGUUUAUACAGGAAUUAAAUGCAUCGUUAGAGAUGUCAGAAGAUUUUAUUCAAUUAACAGCAGGUUAUGAAGAAGGCAACUGGAGAUUUCCACUUGAUACUUCGUCACGGUGGAGUGGAAAUUACCAAAUGCUUGACAUUGUCUGUAAGGCUGGGAAGUCUAUGGAUGGUGUGAUAAGGAAGUAUGAGGAAGCUCUAGGCAGGCUGCUACUGCUCAGUGCGGCUGAGAAGAGUGUUGUCAAUAUUGUGCAUGCAUACUUGGAGCCCUUCUACAAAACUACAAACAAUAUAUGUGAAAACAAAGUUCCCACUGUUGGUCUGGUUCUGUUUUUCAUGGAUCAUAUCUCUGAGACAAUUGCUUUAUGCAGAGAAUCCCAUCAAAACCCAGACUGGCUUAAAAGUGCUGCUGAAGAGAUGGCCAAAAAGGUCAGUAAUUACAACAGCCAGGUUUGCAACAUAUUCACAUACAUAACAACAAUUCUUGAUCCACGGAUUAAAAAUGAGCUCAUUCCUGAUAGUCUCAACUCUGAAAAUUAUCUAGAGAAAGCAAGAGCCCACUUCUUGAGAAAUUAUUAUACUGGCCAUUAUUCAUCCAUGACUGGUGGGUACUCUGCUCAAGAUUCAGAAGAUGGGGGAAGUGUUUCUUUUGCUGAGCAAAUUGCUCGAAAGAAACGAAGGGCAAGCAUGAGCAAUGCUUCUGAUGAACUCACUCAGUAUCUGUCUGAGCCUCCAGCUCCUAUUCAAACAGAUGUCUUGGAAUGGUGGAAGGUCAACAGCACACGCUACCCUCGCCUCUCUAUGAUGGCUCGAGACUUCUUGGCUAUGCAGGCAAAUUCAGUGAUGCCCGAAGAACUAUUUUGCACUAAAGGUGAUGAGAUUGAUAAGCAACGUUUUUGUAUGCCACAUGAUAGCACACAAGCUAUCCUCUGCAUUAAGUCAUGGACCCAAGGGGGGCUUAAAUUGAAGUACAAGUCAACUGAAAUAGACUAUGACCGGUUGAUGGAAUUGGCGGCAACAAUUGCAGCUGAAAACAGCUCAACUGGUUUUGACAAGAAACAGAAGUGAUAGCUCAUCUGCUAGCAACAUAUGAUCUCCUGACUAGUCCACCAGUUGCAUAUUUUGCUACCCAAGAAAAAUGGGUGUUGGAUAUUUACUCUUAUUGUUGUAUGUAUGAAAUGAAAAUUAUGUAUUUGGUGUAUAGUUGACAGUGGUUAGAUGCUAACCCAAGAAAGAAACAGGCUAGUUAAGGAAAGUUAUGUGAUGAGUUCAGCAUAAUGUUAUGAAACAUCUCAUUGCACAUCGUAGCAGCCUUGCAAAUGUUGUGGGGUGUAGUUCUGUUUGCUUGUACUUUAUUGGAUCGAUAUCAUAUUCGAGUUAAUGGCAAAAUGAAGUAUAUGAAAGAGG